GCGAACUUUCGUAUUCGGCGGAUUUACCAGGAUUCAAAUGUUCCGGGAUACUAUUUUUAUCCUUACAGUAUUGCUUUUUAAAUCAACACUUCAAUAUGAACAAAAAAUACAGAAUAAUGCACAAAAUAUUAUCAAAGAUUCAGAAACUAUUGUUAGUUCAGUUAAUGUCACUGAGUGUAUAGAAUUGAAAAAUGCUUAUUUGAACUUCAAUAAUGUAACAAUGAAUUCAAGUUCAGAAGAGGCACAAUUACCACCAUUGAAUAGAAUUACUGUUAUCUCACAAGAUGAUUUACAUCAAUUAUGUGCUCUAUUGGAAUUUCGUGGUUAUUUUCUUGUCACUUAUACAAAUAAUGAUACAAAAGAGACAAUUUGUUAUCGAAUUCCAAUUGAUUUAAAAGAGAAAUACUCUUCUUCCAAUGAUGAGAUUGUUGAUAUUUUAGAAAAAUCUUUUACCAACAACCACCACAAUAACAACAGUAAUGUUAAUUUCUUGAAUGGUCAUAACAAAUCAAAACCGCCAUCGAUGGAACCAGAUAAUGUGAUCAUAUUAACAACCAAUUCGACAUGUUGUAACAAUUUUCUACGAUGUUUUUCACUUUCAUUGAAUUCCAAUGACGGUAAUGAAUAUAAUCUGAUGACAAAUUGGACAAUUGAUUUCUUCUGGAAUCGUACACCGGAAAUGUAUGAAUUCGGUGAAGAAGGUUGGAGUAGUGUUGGUACACCGGUUGGUGCAUUGUCUGGUGUUUAUGAUUUGAUUGAUGUGAAAUUAAAGUAUCAUUUUGAUAAGAAAUUUGGAUUUAACUUUAUCACUAGUGAAGAUGAUAAUAAAGAUUAUAUUGUACAUAGUUUAGCAGAAAAACGUUUACAAGCAAGAGUUGGUGAUUAUUAUGAAUGUAUAUCAGAGAUACAAUUGAUUUUUGACACAGAGAAUGCAACAAUAGUACAUGGAAAUGAUGAAACGUCGCUGAAUUAUAACAAAUCAUCUAUUAUUAAUCAUUGGAAUAUUCUAAUGAGUUUACGAAGUGUCCGUUCACAAGCAUUUGCUGACGUGAAUGUACCAGAAUUUACUGGAGCUAGUGUUGUAUGCGCUGGUGAUGUUUCACAUGAUAUGAGUUUAUCUAUUGCAAUCGGUUUAUCAUUAUGCUGUUUAGUUAUAUGUGUACUAUUCGGUUUAGCUAUUAAUCAUUUAAGACAAAAAGAUGAAGUUUUUAAACCUGUCGAUACAAGAGGAGAAGAUGAUCCAAAGUCAUGAAACUACUCUAAUGAAAAUUACAAUAAAAAAACAAUGUUCUCUAAUCAUUAUUAUUAUUAUUAUUAUUAUUGCAUUUAUAAGUGGAAUAAUUGUUUUUAAUUUGCUCAUUAUAAAUUAUGCCAGUCAAUGAAAUGUGAUCAAUUAACUUUUAUUAUAUAUUUGGCAAGACAUUAAAUAAUCUAUGGCAUUUUAUUCUUUUACAUAUGUGAUUGUUUUCAUUCAAAUCUUUAAU